AUGGCUGAAGUCGGGGAGGACACGGGCGCCCGGGCCCUGCUGGCACUCCGCUCGGCGCCCUGCAGCCCGGUGCUGUGCGCCGCGGCCGCCGCGGCCGCCGCCUUCCCCGCGGCGCCGGCGCCUUCGCUGCCGCCUCACCCCGGCUGGCGCGGCCGCCGGGGGAGCGGCAGCGGCGGCGGCGGCGGCGGCGGCGGCAGCGGCAGCGGCUCGGUGCGGCAGAGCCCCGGGCCAGCCCUGGCCCGGCUGGAGGGCCGCGAGUUCGAGUUCCUCAUGCGGCAGCCCGCCGUCACCAUCGGCCGCAACUCGUCGCAGGGCUCCGUGGACCUCAACAUGGGCCACUCGAGCUUCAUCUCUCGCCGCCACCUGCAGCUCAGCUUCCAGGAGCCGCACUUCUACCUGCGCUGCCUCGGCAAGAACGGCGUCUUCGUGGACGGGGCCUUCCAGCGCAGGGGCGCCCCGGCCCUGCAGCUCCCCAAGCAAUGUACCUUUCGAUUUCCUAGUACGGUUAUAAAGAUCCAGUUCACGUCUCUGUACCAUAAAGAAGAAGCUCCACCAUCUCCCCUUCGACCUCUUUAUCCUCAAAUUUCCCCUCUGAAGAUCCACAUUCCGGAGCCGGAUCUCCGGAGCCUAGUCAGUCCCAUUCCUUCUCCUACUGGCACUAUCAGUGUUCCCAACUCCUGCCCAGCCAGUCCUCGUGGUGCUGGAUCCUCAGGAUAUCGCUUUGUUCAGAAUGUCACCUCAGACUUGCAGCUGGCUGCAGAAUUUGCAGCAAAGGCAGCAUCAGAGCAGCAGGCAGACACAUCUGGAGGAGACAGCCCAAAGGAUGAAUCAAAACCACCAUAUUCUUAUGCUCAGCUCAUAGUUCAGGCUAUAUCCUCAGCCCAGGACAGACAGUUAACACUAAGUGGCAUCUAUGCCCAUAUCACCAAGCAUUACCCUUACUACAGGACUGCUGACAAGGGCUGGCAGAAUUCUAUUCGACACAACCUCUCCUUGAACCGUUACUUUAUUAAAGUCCCACGUUCUCAGGAGGAGCCUGGAAAGGGCUCCUUUUGGCGCAUUGACCCAGCAUCAGAAGCCAAGCUAGUAGAACAGGCAUUCCGGAAACGGAGACAGAGAGGAGUGUCCUGUUUCCGAACCCCUUUUGGGCCCUUGUCAUCAAGGAGUGCUCCUGCUUCCCCUACUCAUCCGGGGCUAAUGUCCCCUCAUUCUAGUGGCCUACAGACUCCAGAGUGCCUGUCUCGGGAGGGUUCGCCCAUUCCACAUGACCAUGAUUUUGGGUCAAAAUUAGCCUCUGUUCCAGAGUAUCGGUAUUCACAAAGUGCACCUGGUUCUCCUGUUAGUGCUCAGCCCGUAAUAAUGGCUGUUCCUCCUCGACCAUCUAAUCUCGUGGCCAAACCAGUUGCUUACAUGCCAGCUUCAAUAGUGACUUCACAGCAGCCUUCUGGUCAUGCAAUUCAUGUUGUGCAGCAAGCUCCCACUGUUACAAUGGUCAGAGUUGUGACCACAUCUGCUAAUUCAGCUAAUGGAUACAUCCUUACCAGUCAGGGCACGGCAGGAAAUAGCCACGAAGCAGCAGGCACAGUUUUGGAUUUGGGCAGUGAACCAAGAGCAUUGGAAGAUAAGCCUACGAUUGCAUUCGCGACAAUUCCAACUGCCAGCCGAGUCAUCCAGACGGUUGCCAGUCAGAUGGCUCAGGGAGUUCCAGGACAAACAGUUACAAUACUUCAGCCAGCAACACCAGUGACCAUUGGGCAACACCAGCUCCCAGUUAGGGCAGUGACACAAAAUGGAAAGCAUGCUGUUCCUUCCAACAGCAUCACUGGCACUUCUUAUGCCCUUACAAACCCACUGCAACUUCUCGCAGCCCAGGCUAGCUCCUCCACUCCUGUAGUGGUUACUCGGGUGUGUGAAGUGGGCCCAGAAGACCCGGCAGCCUCCUCAGGGGAGCCAGAUGUCAAAAGACCUCGGCUGGAGGAACCCAGUGGAACUGUUGUCGCACAGGCAGGGGUGAUAACAUCUACAGCCCCACAAGGGCAAGGAACCGGUGAAUGAAGUACCUGGGAAAGGAGCUGGAAUACAGGUGGAGCAGAAGGCGUAUCAAAAGGAGUGGUAGAACGAAGUGUAACUGCCUAAACAGCCACUUACCUAACGUGAGAUAGGAAAGACAGCUCCACCGCUCGUCAGAUCUCGAGGUGCCAAACAGAUUGGGAAAAGCUUCCAUCGACCUGUACCUGUACCUGGAAUUCAGCUCAGCCUUUACUUUUGUUUUUCUCUUCCAUACCUUUUAGUUUAAAAAAACAAAACAAAACAAAACAAAAAACCCACAUAAACAAAUACAGACAAUUGAUUGUAUGACUGCUGGGAAUUCUAUUUUUUUUUUUUUUUUCAGCACCUCCUGUUUUUCCCCAGUCUUUUCUUCAGGAGGCUGGGGAAGAGAUUGCAGUUCAGUAUCUCAAGGAAUGUAUCACAAAUGUCUGCUCCAUAAGAAGAAGGUUCCUUAUUUCUCCAAUGCCUUAAUGCUGCCUCUCAGAGUUUGACAUUGAUGUUCUUAAGGAAGCAGCCUUGACCAUCACAAGAAGACUGACCCAGGUUAACAUAGUGACAGCAUUAAAGUAGCAUGGUACCCAACAAACAAUUCUUUUAAAGAAAAAUAAUUGUAUUUAGAAUGAGUUCUUAUUUAUGUAGGAGGUUGAGAGCAGGCUGUUGGGGUAGGGACCAGGGGGUAGAACAACAGGAAUUGACCAAUUUGUUAUUUCAUAAAUGUCUUUUUUCAUAGAAAGGCAAAAGAGAAGGUAUUGACAUUAGUAUUAUUUUUAACUGGUUUGGUUUUGACCCCACAAUGUUUCUUGCUUUGUUCAGACAUGUACCAUCUGUUUUUAAACUAAACCUGCAUAUACAUCUUGGACAGAAGUUGAGGGAAUGGCCCCCCCCUUUUGUUUUUAGUUUUAUAUGCAUGAUGCAUGCAUUAAUCACACCAUGGAGUUAAUCCAUAGCUAUAACUGUUAAUGUCAUAUUAGGGGAAAUUAUGAUAGCUUCCUGUAUUAGAACAUGUAUUUGCCUUAGUACUGUUAGAAAGUCCUUUGGUUGGAAGGCUAGCGAAAAGCUGAUGGACUAAAUCAUAACAAUAGUAUCCAGGUUUCAGUAUUUGGAGUGAAUGUUAAUCAGAACUAAGCCUCUGUGCUGUCUUCCCUGCAGUAGUGGUAAAGUUCCAUUAUAACUAAGUCUUCUAGACAGAACUAUGUGGUUCAUUUGAUGUGAAAGAAAGUAGAGCAAAGCUUUCUCAGAACUGCUCUCCCCAUAACUAAUAGAAGAUGUGAUAUUCUCAGCAUGGCUGGAUGCAGUUUUAUAAUCUUAAUCUUUUUAUUUAAAUUUUGCCGAAAUCCCAGUUUUCUUUUACAGACUAUCAUUACGGGUGGAAAAUAUUUACUUUAUCUAAAACGCCAAAAUCUUUGGGGUCAAUUCAAGGUAAUGGAAACUACCUUCCCAAAUAAUGAGGUUGCUCACUGGUAUCCACCUUCUCCUGGGGUUUAGUCACCCUGUCUGUCUGAAUUCGUUUUGUGGUUAAAAAGAAGUAAAUAAAUAGCAGUGCUCUCUGAAGAAGAGAAGCAAACGAAGUGCUUCAAUAUAAUGAAUCUAUAUGUUUCUUAGGAAGAUGCCUUCUAAACUUGCACACUUGGCAGUUUCAGCUAUGUCAAGUAUGUUGAAAGGAGGUGGGAACAUAGGGAAUAUUAUUGUCUAUUCAGAUUUUUAUCAGUCUGUUUUCCUGAGCAGUGUGCAGGAGGGAUGAAGGAAUGCUUCUAUUAGAAAAUUAUCUCUUACUUUGUUAAAUAUUUUGGUGCUGCUUCUCCCAGUAGUCAGUCAUCGUUAGGAGAAAAAAAAAAUGUCAUACACAAAACUCAAGUAUCAAGAAAUGUUUUUCUUUUUCUAUUUUUUUUAAGGGGAAAAAAAAAGCCAGGAGUACCUUCCUUUUCCCCACCUCCACAACCAGUUAACUCUGUUUAAAGUUGGUUCAUCUGUAUAAUCCCUUUAGAAAAACUGCAGUGGUGUUCAAAACUUCCCCAUAAAAUAUAUGAGACAAAUUAAAGGCAAGAAAAUUUCAUAGGAAUUAGGAACUAACCAAUAAUUUUCUGCUUUAAAACAAAAGAAUUAACUGUUCAUUUUCUUUUUAAUUAUUUAAAUCAGUGGGCAUUAUUAAGCCCACUUUAGAGAUUAACAAUUUGCAGUCAGAACCCAUUGAUUUAACCAGAAAUUUUAAGAGGAAGGUGGCCUGGUGAGACACCAGGUAAAGAGAGCUCUACCACAAUUGUCCUUUACAUGUGUUCCCUUCAGUCAGGAUCAGAGGGAACUGGCUCCUCUUAUAAAAAAUUACUGAGCCCUUCAUGAAAUGCUCCCUUUUGCCCAAUAAAAGGAAACGGGAAAAUGUAUGUGUGACUAAAUUUUAAAAGGGUACCACAGUCACAGAAACAUUGACAUCCAUGAAAUAUUAAGUAUGAAAAAAGUUUCAGAGCAGUGGGAAUGAGAUAACCAGCAAUGCAGUUCUCAAAGAUACUUUCCCCACCUUUAAUGAUGAUAAAUUAUGCUCCAUUCCACACUUACAUUUUCUUACAUUUGUGUGUGUGUGUGUGUGUGUGUGUGUGUGUGUGAGAGAGAGAGAGAGAGAUUAGAAUUGAGUGACGGAGAGAGAAAAUGAGAAUUGAGUGAUGAAUUAAUUGACGUCAGGCAGGCUUCAUUCUGCACUGACAGCUUCAAUUACUAACAAAACCAGGGCCUUGUUCAGGUUAGAGGAUUUGUAAUUAGUGACUUUUUAGGGCCACCAAUUGGUUCUUUAAUCAUCCUUAAUUGGUAUUUGUUCUAAGUACUUCUUGUAUAUAGCCUAGUAGAGGGAAAUGACUUAAGGUGGUGGGAGCUAUUUUUGGUCUUCAGUUAUGGCUACCACAGAUUUUCUCCUUUCCAAGCUGGGAUUUUCUGUAGAGAACACUCCAUGUUGGGAAGUUAGAAGAAAAUGGUGGCUCACAUAUUUUUUUAAAUAUUUGUUUCUGUCUUUUGCUUCAUCUGAAUUUAUUGUUCCCAUCUGUUAAUUAGUUUUAUUGAGGUCAGAAAGCACUAACUGCUUUAUCUGUGCAAACUUUAUGUCUUAGUAGUGGUUGGUCCACAACUAGAAGGAGAAAAGGGUGGUGAAUAGGAAAGGAGGGAAACAGCAAAAUUUCAAUGGAAGGAAUUUCCCCUUCUUGAGAAUUUUAGCACCUUAAACUUUUGCAGGAGUUGCAUGAUGAAGGAAAUAAAAAGGAUCGAGGUCAAGAGAAAAGUGGUGGACAUUGGAGAAAUCAUUACCCAUGAUAGAUCUUUUGUUUUAUAAUAACCUUAGAAAGGUUUAGAUUAUAGCCAGGAAAUAUUGCCUUAUAUCUUCUAAGCCAGUGUUUGUGGCAGAGAUAUCUGGCAGAAAUGCCAAAGUGGGAUGUAUGGUGGCUUUAGAGACUCCUGGAAAGAACCUUUAGCAAUAUGUGUCUAGAUGUGUCUGAUAGGUGUUGCUCUAAUCCUGGAGUUCAUCUCAUCUUCAUCUUCCUUCUGUUGUGGUACAUGUGUUCACAUUUGCCUCCUGCGCUUUAUGGUUCUCCCCUUCUUUGCUUCCUACCUGAUAAGAAAACAGGAAAUUUGCUUAUAAAGAACUUUAAUUUUUAAGAAUCCAAGAAAACAUACAUAAGUAAACACAC